GUUGCGUUCGCUACUGCCAUGGCCGCUGCAGCGUUGGCGGCUGCCUAUGCCGACGACUUCUGCGACCAGUGGGGCACCACAACCACGGACAACUACAUCAUCUACAACAACCUGUGGGGCGAGAGCUACGCCACGUCGGGCAGUCAGUGCACUGGCCUGGACAGCAGCAGCGGCUCCACGGUUGCGUGGCACACCAACUGGACGUGGACCGGCGCAUCGUCCAAUGUCAAGUCGUUCGCCAACGCCGCCCUCCAGUUUGACGCUGUGCAGCUCUCCAGCGUCUCGUCCAUCCCGACGACCAUGGAGUACUCGCUCGAGUACAGCGGGAACAUCGCCGCCGAUGUUUCGUACGAUUUGUUCACGGCCUCGACAUCCACCGGCGACAAUGAGUUCGAGAUUAUGAUCUGGCUGGCUGCUCUUGGUGGCGCAGGCCCCAUUUCGAGCACGGGCUCCGCUGUAGCCACGACGACCAUCGCGGACACCUCGUUCAGUCUGUACACCGGAGCUAACGGUGACACGACAGUGUACUCAUUUGUGGCUUCCGACACAGUCAAGAGCUUUUCAGGCGACCUCAUGGACUUCUUCACGUACCUCAUUGAUAACGAGGGCUUCUCUUCGAGCCAGUACCUGAACACUGUUCAGGCCGGCACGGAGCUUUUCACCGGCACCGACGUAACUCUGACGGUGUCGUCUUACUCGGCCGCAGUCAAC